AUGAUUUCUGAAGUAUUUGGAGCUUUGCCCGUUAUCAUACUUAGUGCUAAACAUGUGUACUACUGCUCGAUGACAGCCCCAGCGAUCCGAAUACCCUUUACCGGCCCGUUGCCUCCACCGAUCAUCGUUCCAGCGUCCGCUAGCUCAGUGUCUGGGGCAAUUGAUGCCUUCCUUAACUUCCUGACCGCCCCACCGUCUCCCUACCUGCGCGGAGUUGAUGUCGGACGGAAUUCCCAGACCGUCCUUUUGACUGGAGCCGGGAUUUCAGUAGCGUCUGGAUUGUCCGAUUACCGAGGAGAGAACGGCACCUAUGUGACGAAUAAGAGAUACCGUCCGAUUUACUUCCAUGAGUUCGCGACGCGACAUGAAUCCAGGAAGAGAUACUGGGCUCGCAGCUUCAUCGGAUGGCCGGGGCUUCUGAAGGCGAAGCCGAACUCGACUCACUGGGCGAUUAGAGAUCUAGGCGUCAAAGGCUACGUUAGCUCUGUAAUUACGCAGAAUGUGGAUUCCUUUCAUUCAAUCGCUCAUCCUGAGAUUCCGUCGAUUGAACUUCACGGGUAUUUGAGAUCCGUUGUCUGUUUGAGCUGCCGUAACCAGUUUCCGAGGUCCGAGUUUCAAAAGUCUCUCGAGAGGCUUAAUCCGUCCUGGGCAGAGUUCUUAGCGAGGAUGGUCGAUAUAGGGGCUCUUGACACGGACAACCCAGAGGAACAAAGGCGCAGAGGAUUGAAACUCAACCCGGACGGAGACGUUGAGCUUCCAGAGGCACCGUACUCCACAUUUCGCUACCCUUCAUGUUCAACUUGUCUAGAAAAGCCUCCUCGACUUGCGGAUGGUACUCCAGCCAGAGUUGAGGUUGAGAAAGACGGCGCCUGGCUGCCGACCUCGGAGGCAGGUAUCCUGAAACCUGCGGUAAUCAUGUUCGGAGAGAACAUUGAGCCGCCAGUGAAGUUGGCUGCAGAAGAAGCCAUUGACGACGCGGGGAGAUUGCUAGUACUCGGCACCUCUCUAGCCACAUACUCCGCAUGGAGGUUAGUGGAAAGAGCCUAUAAGAGAGGAAUGCCCAUUGGCAUCAUAAAUAUCGGAGGCGUUCGAAACGAAUCCGUUCUCCUCAAGGAAGCAGACAAAGGCAGCGAUUUUUUGGCACGGUACACUCGCUGCAGUCUUCAUUCGGACGCAAUUCUGCCCUCUGUUGCAUCUCAACUUCCUAGCCUUUCGCGCUAGAUUUAUACAUUUAAACAGUAGAGUAGAUAUAGAUAAGUCCCCUAGAUAACUAUUUUCAAAAGUAAAAUACACAAAUUCAAACUUU